UUAUAAAUUGAACGAAACAAUUUUUUUUUGCUUGGUCGUUAACCUUACCUAAUUGUAUAUUAUUUUGAAUCAGUCAACCUCGUUGAGCAGAUCGAUCUAAGUCAUUUAAUAAUACAUAAUAGUAUGACGUCUUGAAAUCAAUUGUUUUAACAUAAUUUACCGUCAUGUCAAGUGUAUGAUAUAAUAUAAUACAAAGGUUAACAUGAUGCCAUUUAAUGUCCACAAGUGAUUUAAUGGUUUACAUAAUAUCGUGACCACUAAACCUAAAUUUUGUACUAGCAAAGAAGUUCUCAAAAACAUUCACUCACAUGUAAUUUAAUAAUUAUUACACCGCUCUGUAAUAUUAUMGGUAUCGACAAACAACAUCAUGACCACCUGCAAAUCUUGUAUUAUAUUGAUGAGCUUUCUAGUCUUGUUGUCUGGCGCGCCGCUAUACGAGGAUAUGACAWGGAAAAUUCAAACAGAAGCUCAAGCAAAGAAAUAUUUAUCUCAAUUUGGUUACUUGAAUCCUGUAGAAAAAAAUCAUAGUACAGAGAAUAUCAUGUUUGAAGAUCCAAUUACUGAAGCUUUAAAGAAGUUUCAAUCAUUUUUUAGUCUAAAUCCGACAGGUAACUUAGAUGAAGAAACGCUAGAUUAUAUGAAUAAGCCUAGAUGCGGUAUAUCAGAUAAUAUGCUAUCUACCAAAAAAUCGGAUUACAGAGAUUAUAAAUUAGCGGGUAGCCGGUGGUUGGUGAAAGACUUGACGUAUACAAUAUCCAAGUAUUCUAAGCAGCUGGAUAAGCGGCAAACAGACUUGAUAUUCCGGAAAGCAUUCGACGUAUGGUCUAGCGUUACUCCUUUGACGUUUACUUACCAGGAAUCUGGAUAUUCUGGGCCAUUUUUACCGUACUUCUGGAGCUUUGGUAAAUAUAGAUAA